AUGUCCUCGUCGCGCCAUCCAUCCCAUUUGGGGAUGAUUCUACCUAGUAUACACAUUUUAUAUUUCAUUCCUCUACCUUACACUAGGCCGAAGCAAACAAAUGCAAUAUCGCCUAGUGACGCACAACUGACGGUACACAUGCCUGGGGUUCCAUCUAGUCGGGGCUGCGAUGCGUGUCGCAAGGUGAAGAAGAAGUGUGAUCAACUCAAACCCACAUGUUCACGAUGUGCGCGUCUGAAAAUGACCUGUGUUGGGGGAGGACAGCAGCGGUACAUGUUCAAGAAUCAAUCGCUCAAAGUGAUGCAAACACAAAGCGGAGCAGAAAGUCAAUCAGAGCCUCGAUCAUUUUUCUCUACUGGCAAAAGAGUUGUGUUUAUUGGGGGACCGACACGGGUGCCCAGCACUGACACAAGUAUAAUGGCAGCAGCCUUUGUAGCAGCAUUCCAGGUGACUGAUAUCCGAUUUGCCGUGGCUUAUUAUGGACCUUUCCUACGGGAUAUUCCACGGAGAUUGGGCAACAGCACCGUUCUAGAUUCAGCCGUGAGAGCUUUAUCAACCGCUUACCCGUUCCUUCACACGGGCUCUUACCCACCAAAUGCACUCGUUCUCUAUGGACAAUCGCUGCGGGCACUGAGAGAAUGCCUGAAUAAUCCAGUCGAGGCCCGGACUCCCAACACACUAUGUGCUGUCUAUUUGAUCACCAUCUGCCAGGAGCUGAUUUGUCAUAAGAGCUGGCUAGGAAAACAUGAUGAUUCGCUCACUAGUCACAGCGAAGCUAUCGCUCAUCUCCUCAGGGCUGCUGCACUGCAUGAGUGGAAAAGUACAUUUGAGAUGGAGAUGGUCAUUACACUUUGUGUGCCUAUAAUACUUGAAGGCAUCGUCAAUCCUCGCAUCAAGAUGGAUUCGGAGUUUUGGGAACUGACCUCAUCCUUCAAACGUCGUCUAUCUGCCUCACGGGACAACAAUCAGCCACAAUCAACCACCGAGCUGCAACAUCUCGCCAUGUUUCCUAAAUAUGUCCAAAACCCCGAGCCACACCUUGCCGAAAUUGCAAAGACAUACAUGCAACUGAGGCUCGAUGCACAGCAAAUAAAACAACAUCUUGAUCAAUGUGCAGAAGCUGUUAUUGUGUCUUUCUCAUCCUCUGAAGUUGCGAGACAUUGCCGUAUUCAAGCAGCUUAUGCCAUACUAUCUACGCUGGCUGUGCUAUUGAACAGUCUUCUUCGAGUUUUUGAUCCCUGGAACGCUUCCUUGGUGAGUGAAGCUGUCUUUCUCUGUGAUGAGAUUACAAUCCAAGCCGAACUGGCAUCUUGCUACCGGCCGGUUGGGGCAGGGUAUAUUCCUCUAUGCUUAGUUGUUGCUUGGGCGGCAUCGGAUAAUCUAGUCCAGUUGGCAAGAAUAGAGGCGAUCCUUUCUGAAUACCAGUCUGAUUUUGCGGACGUGCCAUGGAUGAGCCGUGCUAUCUGGUUAGCCUUUACUUUGGAUAGCCACCGCAUACGAGUCAUGUCUGGGAAAGAAUUUCCAGAGUCCCCUUCGGGGGCUGUUUCUCUGGCUGAUUCGGGAGGCAGUCGUGGUGCUGGUGCAAAAAAGGCCUCAGUGCGCCCAGAGUCUUGCUGCAUUCUCUAGGCUCAAAGAUACGAGGGAAGACAAGAAGAAAGAAUGACUUGAUCUAUUGCAUACUUCGUUUGUUUGUCUCUGAUAAUGUUCAUUCUGUUUUUCCAUGUACCCCAAAACAGAACCCGAACCCACCACCACCAUUUUUGAUACUACUCUAUUAGAGCUAAUCCAGGAGGAUUCAGCAUUUCAUUUAGUGAUCGAGUGUAACACUCCGCUUGGAAUACUUUUGUACAUGACGAUUUGGGCUUGAAAGCUUCCCGAAUCACGUCGAAUGACCCAUGUUUUGUUGUUGGCAUGAAAAAGAUACAGACAAUAGGCAUUUAAAUAGAGCAGUCACCAAACAACAAACAUGCCCCAAGGUUAC